UCUAUCCGGCGGCUGCAAUUCUAAACAACGACACCCUUACCUCAGUUUUCAAGAUUUGGAGAUACAACAAGAAUAGAGGAAAGCAUGGGCUUUCAGGUGAAAGGUCCCUCCGGUCCUCUGCUUGUUCCUCUGGGAGAUUCAGUGGUUCUGCCCUGUUCUGUUGACUCAUUAUUACCAGUGGAGCUUCUGAAGGUGGAAUGGAGAAGAACAGACUCAGAGACUCUGGUGCAUCUGUUUCAAGAUGGUGAGAGUAGACCAGAGGCCCAGCACCAGGAUUAUCAUGAUAGAGCUCAUUUCUUCACUGAGGAGAUUCAACAUGGAAACUUCUCCCUCCUGUUGAACAGUGUGAGAGCUGAAGAUAAGGGGAUUUACAGUUGUAAAGUUCACAAUGACCAGGAUACUGAUGAAACUUUGGUUGAAAUAAAAUAUGCUGAUCAUUUUAUAGUAUCAGGAUCAAAUCACUCCAUAUCUGCGUAUGUGGGCGAGGACGUCACUCUUAGCUGCUCCGUGGACUCUCACAUCCCACCUGAUGAUAUUGAAGAGGUGUCAUGGAAGAAAACAGAUAAAGAUGAACAUAUCCUGGUUCUCCUCUACCAAGACCUUGAGAUUAAACCGGAUUCAGCACAUGAGCGAUACAGAGACAGAGUUGAGUUCUUCACUAAUGAAAUUCCUAAAGGAAACUUCUCUCUCAGACUGAAGAGUGUCAGAAGCGAGGACAAAGGAGUGUACACGUGUCAAGUGUUUGCUGGAGUUUUUUCAGCCAAUGCAACUGUAGUUCUAGAACAACUGGGCCUUUCUACUUCACACAUAAUGGUGUUGAUUCUCUGUAUUACUGCAUCAGGAUCUGCACUUCUGUUCUGCUGUCUAAUCUACUGCAGAUCAAAAGAUAAAGACACCACCGCAAGAAAACAUGUCGGGACUCUGGGGUGUUUUCAUGUGAUUCUUCCAAAUAUCAUUUUAUUUUUUGCUUUUGUCCUCUGGGGUGUUAUUGAAGGAUCUCUGUACGAGACCACCCUUUGCUGUACUCUGCAAAUUCUGAGGCCUCUGAUGUUGAUUUGGAUUGCACCAUAUUUAAAGGACUUCCCAGGUGUGUGUGUGUGUGUGUGUGUGUGUGUGUGUGUGUGUGUGUACUUGUAUUUAUUAUUAUACUUUGUCGGGUCUUUUACUUGGACCCAACAAGGACAAAAUCUUUUAUAUGAGACUAAAUGUUGACUCAGUAUACUAUCGUC